CCGGAAAUUUUGUUUUGUUUCUUGGUAGGAGACUUUCGAAGAGGAAAGCAACUCUUGAUAAUUAACUUUUGACAUUAAUCAAUCAACAUAUCAUCGUGUUGUUAAGAUAUCAAGGAAACAGGUAAGCAGGUGAGGUAGGUAGGUCUACUAGUUAACUCCUUGAUAUGAAAUAUGCCUAAGCUGGAAACAAGAGCCACUGGGCGACCAAGCAUUCACGAUGACAAGACUGGAAGGUCACCACGUAAUAAAACACCCCAGUCUUCCUCAGCCACAGGAAGGUCCCCACGAGUGACGAGGAGUGCAAAAGAGAACCAGUCACCAAUCCGCAAAAAUAAGCAGUCAAGAGAUGACCAAAGCAGCGAUGAAGGGGACCUGGAUGAGGUGGACCGCAGCACGAGCAUGUACCCUGAUCUAUCUCCAUUUUCAUCAUCCACAUCAGGUUCCCCCCAGGCAUGGAACCCGGACGAUAAUGAAGGACACACUCUCAAUGAUACAUUCUACAGUACACGUUCACAGUUCCACCACCGAUCAGUGCAAAAGAGCCCAGAUAAAGGGUGUCUGAAUAGGGACAGGCCUGUGACUCCAGAGCAAGGAGCACAGGGACGUAGGGUCAUUAGAGGAGGAGGAGGAGAAUUGGGAGACAGGGACAGGAUCCGUGCCAGGAGGGGCCCUGCACCCUUACUAAUCUUAGGCUUUAGCUUUCUCUUUGUCUUUGCUGUGCUAAGGCUGAAGCAGAGCUUGGACGAAGUGCAUGAGCUGUCUGAGCAAAAAACCUAUGUCAAGCCAAUAGAAGAGGUCUACAGCGAAUUCAAACAGGACCUCAAAUACUUCAUCAAUAAGUUCUCACAGGAGAAGAAAGUAUGGGUCCAGUUGAUAGGACAGAUUGAAAGCAUCAUGGUUAAGUCACCUGUACAACCAGCAGUAUUGUUAGUGGUUGUCCCUGAAGAUGCCAGAGGGACAGCGACCUGCCUCAUCUAUACUAUUGCACACCUGCUCAAUAAAGCCUUUGAUG